AUGCUUUCGCUCCUAGACUUUUUCGCCACUUACGUUCUGCAUGGAAGACAAACCUCGGCUGCAGAUCAGACGCCUGCCCCCUCCUUCAAAUGCACGCGACAAGAAUCCCAGAAAACCUGGGAAAAUGAGCUAUCUGGGCUGAUGCAAAGAGUCCAUGCGCUCCACUGCAGGUCCAGGCAACAAUCAAAGCUAGGCGCCCAUGGAAUCACCGACGCCGUGCAAAUAUGGAACGACCUUGCAAGCUGGACGCCGUUGAAGGAGCAGUUCACGACAGAAGAACAAGUGAGGCUGUUCGGAGCCUGCCGCUCUGCGAUCUUCCUCUGGGCGUACUUUCUCAUGCACCCGGACGACAUGGAGGGAUGGAAGGCCCAGGACUCGCUAAAAGAUAUAUUGGCGAACGUGUCGGAAAUCGAGGCCCCGGAGAUCGCGCCUCUGCUGGUCAUUCCGCUUUUCUUUGGUGGACUGACUGCGACAGACCCGGAGGAUCUAGACGUCGUCAACGAGAUGUAUGAGCAGCUGGAGGGAUCUAUUCAACAUAACGCCCUAAGAGAUUCGUGGCAUAUUCUCCAGAUGGUCUGGGAUGAGGAUGACAAAGGCACUCGACCCAGCUGGGACUGGAUCCGGUAG